UUCUUGUUUUCCGUUUCAGUUACAGAACUGCUGACUGCUUGCUAGGGCUUUGUCAGGAAUGUGGAGGUAAUAGUUAUUUAUAUAUAUGCCGGUGCUUAGAGCUCUAAUAGUUGCUGUUUGUUGGCCAGCAAUGUCCUCUUUUCUCAGUGAGAGCUGCAGGGGUGUGUUGGCAAUAAAAAGCAGAGUACGAAGGGCUCAAUUAGGAGAGAGUGAGAGAGACAGAGAGAGAGAGAGAGAGAGAGAGAGAGCGCGUCAGUGCAGGAAGAAUUCUGUUUAUGAACUUAAUCAUUUGCUCCCUGGACACAGUGUGGAUGAGAGGAUAGAGCAGGAUGGGACAGUAUAUGGCUGAUCGUGUGUCUGUCUGCAUCUGUUGGCAUGUGUUGUGUUGUGUCUGUCUGUUUCUCUUUCUUUGUCUGUCUGUCUGUGUAAGAAUGUGACUGUCUGUCUGUCUCUGUUUCUGUAAGUGUGUGUGUAGUUAUUAGAAAUGAUGAGUGUGGGUCACAUCUACACGUCGGUCGUUGUUUGUUACAAAAGCACUCACUUGGUCCCGAUUCAACAGAAAUGAGUUACUUAUUUACAUCUUUUGACACUAGGAGCAGUGACACACUGAAAGAGGGAGAACGUAGGACAUUAAUACCGUUCCCUAGCUCCUUUGUGUAAUCCACAACCUUAACCAUAAAAAAAAAGAAUUAUCUGUGCGUCUAAUGAUUGGAUUCAUUCGUUGUUUUCUGUAUGCUGCAUUAGAUUUAGAUUAUGUGCUAAUCAUGUGAUUUUAAGGAAAGGGCUGCUUUUUCAAGCAGGAUCCACUAGAGGGCGCUGUGGAUCUCAAAGGCGGGAUGAUGUCACAAGGUGACAUAGGGAGCCGGUUGCUAUGGAGACUGUGUUUUAUGUGACUCUGCAGACAUGAUGCAGCAGAGGGGGGAGGGGAGGAGGAUAUUAGAAGGAGGGAUGAAAGGCAAGUCCCUGGGCAUGAUGGGAACGAGCAGUGAUACGGGGGAUGGUGGGCGAUUCUGAACGACUGUGCGACUCGGCGUGAUAAAGUUUUCCGAGAUGAACCGUGUGAAGGAAGAGCCGGGUGUGUCAAAACACAACCCUUUUAUUAGUCUGCUUGCCUGUUGGAUAUGCAUCAAAACUGCACAUUAACACGGUCAGUUGUUUAUUCAUAAGAUCCAGUACCAUCAUCUGACAGCAUCACUGCUAUCACCUAAAAUGAACAUCCUUCUAUUUGCCACAAAGCCUGUAGGUAAUCUGCACUGCCACAGGAGGCUGAUCAUCCUGUCUCGCUCACUCAAAUUGGGACAUGUCCCCUGGAAACUACCGCUGCAAUUUAGGCUAACUCUGGACUGAAUUGUCCUCAGUAUGUCCUCGUCUUGCCCUUGUGUAUUUUCCUCUCAGUUUUGGAGUUGCUAAUGUUUGUAAUGGAGGAUUUUGUCUACAGCUGCGUUGCCGUGAGUGCAGCUCUCCCAAAGGAGCGGUUUACAUUAGGUGGCUGAUGGUGUGCUGAAAGGCUCAGGAAGAAAACUGUCUACUCAAACCAGGAUAAUGACACUGCAAGACGGUCAAUCAUCAGUUGGCUCCCAGCAGGGCUGAAUGCUGAGGAACUUCCCUUCCCGUUGCUAAAACGUUGAUGACAUGAUCUCAUCUGUGUACCACGUGAGAGGCAUGAAUUUUCCCUGAGUGCGAGGGUGGUAGGAUGGCAUUGAAAUAAAUGCCUGCUCACAUUGCUAAUUUAGUCUACAGUUGUAGAUACUCGUUAAUUCAUCAAUCAUGCCACUACGUCGAUGUCUUGAAUUAGACUGCGUUUCUGCAUGAUGUUAACCAUACCACUGCAUAGGGGGUUAAUGCUAUCUUUGCGUUCAUUGAUGAGCAAGUGAUCUUCCAAAUUACUCGACAGCUGACAAGCCUACUUGUAUUUUUUUUUUUUUUCUCCACGACUUCCUGUUUCCUUAUUCCACUUUAUUUGGCCAUAUUAAAAAUGGGCUUCUCAGCUCCUUUGCAAUGUCUGCAUUAGAAAGAGUUUUUAAAAUUUAUUUAUUUACAUUUACAAUAUUUCCUUUUCAGAGUCUGCUAACUAUUAAGGCUUUCUUGUUGCCUUAUUUAUUCAUUUUCAUGUGGGUCUGUGUGUGUGUGUGUGUGUGCACAUGCAAAGCUCUGACCUCGCAACAGCGAGAACAAGUGAGAAAGCAAGAGAGAGGGAGGGACGAGGAAGCAGAUAGGAAGAGAGCGAGAGAGAGAAUAGAGGGAGGGUGGGAGCUACAGCAGCAGCAGUGUGUUGUGCGAGGCUGCAGCAGACUGGAGAUAAGACUUCUGUUUGCCGGCAAGGGAGAGAGCGCUGCCAAGUUACCCAGCGACAGAGCGAGGAGGCAGGCAGCACGCUGCUACUGGAGCCCCUGGCUUUCUCUUCAUCUCAGGCCUUUUUGGAUCACCAGUGAGACACAUUCUUGGGAUCACAGGAUUACCUAACCCAGCAGGCACACACUGCCUCUCUUACACUUAGAGAAACCUAUGUAAUCUGAUUCAGUCGGAGAACCAGAUCAAUCAGAUCCAUCGUGUACUGCUUGAGCGAUGGAGCUCUCACUGCUUUCUCUCUGACCGGAACAUCUGCAGUUGUCUACGGUCAUCACAUAUAUCCAAGAACUGGAUAGAUUCCCUGGUGUUCCCCUGCACGGCACUUCGUCCAGAACGGGUUGAGGUGGCGAGUACAGCUGCUCUAAUUAGAUUCCUCAGUCAGUGAGGCCAACGGCACAAGGGAGUGGCAAUCUGCCUGCGGAGGAGAACAUCUUCAAUGGAGAGACAAAGAGGAGACGGGUGCCCCAAACUUAAGUCGACAGAUAGCAUAAGGUGUUUCAUGGGAUUAGUCAUGGCCACAGUUACCAACGUUGGUGGAUAGUGAGUUGUGUGUAUACCUUUUGGUGUUUUUGUGUGUGCAGUGCAUGCAUAAUUGUGUAGUCUCUUGACUCAUAACACUCGCUGCCCUCUUUAUUGACAUAAAUGUCUUCUCUCGGUGCAUGUGACAUCAGUUACCGUGGCAGUGGAGGCAAGACACACUGUUUUCCCUCCUCCCCUUGCUACUCUUUAAUGUCUGGAGACUGUUCUAAUGUUGCACGCCUUUGGAGCCUCAUACAUACACACAAGGGACUCUGGGAAUUAAAAUGCUGUGCUGUCAUUGGCUGUGAAUGACAGAUCAUCAGAAUUUAAAGUCUUCGCUAACUCAUCCUUUCUGCCGACUACCAGCCGAUCUGUGACCUAGUGUGAUGCUACCUAAACAAUUUGAUGUUGGAGUGCUAUUACAACUGCUAUAACAGAUACUAUUGUUACAACAGUCCACAAGUAGGACUAUCAGUAAUAGUUGCUAGUGGACUCUGGAACAGAAGAGCACUUUUAUUACUCCCUGGACAUCUCAAAAUUCAUACCGGUUUGUGUUUAUUGGAAAGUAAACAAUGGGACACUUUUACCAAGCUGGCGGUCAGGUGUCCUGACUCAGUCUUAGUAACUGUAUGUGUGCUCACUCAUGAGAGAUAGCUUGUGUGUAUGUCUGCACUGCAACGCUUGCCUUGUUCUUACUGAGGAAUAUCAGCAGGAGAAUGUUGAGUGUGUGAGGCAAGAUUGUUGUGCAGGAAUUCCUGCUGUUCAUCACAGGAAGAGCUUAUGAAAUGGUCUAGAAGGACUUUGAAUUUCCUCUGAAAAAAGCACUGCAUCUAAUCUGCAAGGACAAUGGGAUUAAGACUAAAAAGACAUACUGGUGGACCAGAGUAUUUCAUAAGGAGAGGGGCUAGCAUUUUGUGCUGGUAUCUUUGAGACUCGCAAAGAUGCCAGAGUGAUGUUGGUGGGUGAGGGUUAACCAUAAGGGUUGAUGUAUGAGGGUUGACCACAGCAUUACCUGUCUUCUGAACAUGAACAGGUGGAGCAGCUGCAGGUGUGCACAACUGACCUCCAGAGGUUCAACAUAAAGCAUCUUACAAGAUCUUAUUUUCAUACGUCUAACAGAGAUUUUUUUGUUCCUGGUUACGGUUGUAUCUCAAUUUUUUGUACUCUGCUGGAAAUGGGGAACUCUCUUGGUUGUGUAAAGCAGCCUAGAGAAACAGGACCAGGUGGCGCCCCUCCUCUGUCACCUAAGAGGAAACUCCGCUUUAGGCGAAAGCGCAAAGGGAAAAAGGCACAGAAAGGUGUUGAAGCAGGGGCUGAUAAGAAGGAUGAAUUUGGAAUGGUUAGCCUUACAGGAGAGGCCGUAGUAGGUACCACAGAUGAUGCGUCAAACAAACUAGGAUCUAGCAAAACAGUGACUGAAACGCCUACCCAGGUGGUCCUAGUUCCUGGUGUAGCACCGAUCUUGGGCAGCACAGGGACAUUACGAGGGAGCAGGGUGGCAAUUCUAUCUCCUGCUCCUAGCCCAGCAUGGAUGGGAGCAUUCCAUCAAGGGUCUGAGCAAAAGCUGAUUGAGCAAUCCCAAACUAAGGCAAACCUGGGCAGCAUGACACCUGGAGGAGGUAGAGUCUGCCGGGUUCAAGGCCGGGUUCAGGGUAUUCUUGAGAGACCCUGUAUUUUAAGUGCCAAAAGUGGGGAACUAGAGCCAGAGGACAAAGAUAAAAGUAGGCCAUGCGAAUUCUUGGUUGAUGAUGCCUCAGAAAUGGACCAGAAGGGAAUAGUUCACAUUCGUGAAGUUGAUGGCAGGCUCUGUGUAGUCCGAACUGUCUACCCAAGAGAUUACGGAUCACCUUUGUGGCACGACCGAAGAGUGGAAGUGCACUCAGAGCCACCUGUAGCGUCUCCUGUUAUUAGUGGCAUUCAGAAAGUACAGGUGCUGGAAGGAGAGAGACGACCAUCCACAGAUGCUGGUAUCAGCAAUCCAACAAUUGCUGUUGGUCAACCAGAGAAAGGAUUCUUGUUGGACAGUCGUACUCGGGGUCCAGAAGGUUCUGGUCCCUUGCAGGAUCCCCAGUCUUCAGGUUAUGCCAGUGAUGUGCCUAUUACUUCUCCAGACGUAGCCGGUACUACUCAGACAGAUUGGGGAAGUUCUUCUGAAGUGCUGAAUACUUCAAUAUUGGAAAGUCCCAUCUCCCCACCAGAGAAACCAACACAACCCCCCUCUCAGGUCAGACACACUUGUAAAUUCCUCUGCCUUUCUUGGGUAGUGCUGAUCAUAGUCGACAAUAUAUAGACAAUUUUAAAUUGAAACAAGUUUUCUUUCGUGAACAGCACAUUUUAUGUGUUAAUUGUCCUCGUCUGCCUGAAUUCCCAGACUCAGAACUGUAUGUUACUUACUGUGCAUAUCAUGAAGCAGACAUCUCCACCUCCUUCCUGACCACUUCCCAUGAGCCUAAUCAUCACUGAACAACAUAGGUUUUUCCUUUUCAACCGUAUUUUUUUUUCUCUUUUGCUCUUUUCCCCCCCUCUCUGUCCUCGAAACAAAAGGUUGACAGUCUGGUUCUAUCUCUACAGAUGUGGACAAAUCAUAAAUAUGUUAGCUAGCCCACCAGGUAGUAAAAGUACCAGUGUAGCUGGUUGCCUGGAAACCUAAAUGACUAGGCUAAGGAGUGGUAGGUAUUGUAAUGUUUUCACUCGUGGCGCUCUAGUUUGCUAGUUAAGUGUAUUAAAGGUCCAUUAUUCAAAAGUAUCAACGAUCAACCAUGUGUGCUAAUCUAGCCGACUAGUAAAAAUGCCAUCAACCAUGUCACGCCUUGGUUGUAUAGUACAGCAAACCGUGGGAUCUGGAGAGUGUAUGGUAUUGUUACACCUUAGGUAUAGUUACGCCACAGAGUACAUUAAGUUAAAACAUGGCCUACCUACAUAGCUUACCAAAUGAGAACCUUGGUUUUGUGGAAGGGGUAGUUUUUUUUUGUUUUUUUUUUCUUUUCUGGUUGUUAAACUGUUGUAUUUGCUAGGCAACAAUAAAUAAUAAUAAACUAUUAUCCCUAACACAAAACCUGUUAGUCCCAUGCUACUGAUCUGGCCACCCAGGCUCUAGUGUGAGCAUUGAUAUAUCAUCAGUUGCUUUAUAUGCAGUCUUUUUUUCUUCUCUUCAGUUCAGUGACGCAGGUUUACGCAUAGUGCAUGUGACACAUUCUUCUCUCUUUAUCAGGAGCACUCAGGAGGAGAAAUUAGGGCUUUUGUUACAGCUGGAUUGACAGUGUGCUAAUAGCCUACUGUUUAUCAGAUGACUGCUCCUUAACCAUUUCUUCGGUAGUAAUAAACUAGCAUUACGUGAUCAUUUUCAUGGCAUCCCACCUGCCAGAUGGAAUCAUAUAGCUCUUUUUGGACAUCAGUGCGUGAAUAGAAGCUCAAACACAUACUCUUGACUGCUUUGCUUUGACGCCAACAGUGCGUAUGAGAGGAGCAGAUCAGUACACCACAUUCUAAAGCUGGAUUAAUCAGGACAACUGCACGCAGGCCUUCUCAGGGGAACUAGACUAUUUUCAUUUUUGCCUGACUCCAUGUCUCUUUUUUGACAUUGUUAAUUUCUCCUGUUGGGUCCAGUGUCUCCUAGUAUACGUCCUCUCUCAGCCCACUCGACAAAUGUUAUAUCGAUUUUGUCCAUCGGCCAUCAGGUUUUUCUUUUUUUCUUUUAGCUGUCUCAAAACCUCUAACGUUAUGAACGAAGAUGCACAGAGGAUCUUGCUUCCUUUCGCUCGGCUGCAUAAUCAUAUGUACCUGGCUUAGUGUGAACGAUAUGAUGCAAGCGUAGUGGAGGCUGCUAGAAGCAGCUUUUCUCACACUGAUCGCUGACACUGUUAAUGCUAAUCUUAAGCUUUAGCCUCACUGCCUCACACACACAGCUAUAGUUUCAGCGAUCACACACACUAUAUGCAAGUUAAUUUGAAGGAUACCCAAUGUUGUUGUUUUUUCAACCUAAGUUCUAUCUACUGUAUCUGUAGUGUAUGUGGUUACCACAGAGGAUCAUUUUAGCACAUUUGCCCAUUCUGCGAAAACCGAGAACCUGUUUACUUAAAACUUGCUUACAGGUUGGGACACAUGUGUAUACACAUAGUAGCUCUUUUUCCUUUUUCCCCUGAAGUUUUGCUUUUUUGCCCUCUUUCUCCAUCCCUCAUUAUUCAUCCUCGCGCAUACCACCCAGAGUCUUCUGUCAGUCUUGACACUUGUACUAGAGGUUGGUUAUGCAAUGUUCUCUAAUGUCAGCAGUGCUGACAUGCAGAUACAACAUUAGCUGCUUUACCUGUACUCUUUAUUUCCUCUGAUCAGUUUCCCUAAGGUUUUGUGGUAUCUGUAAUAUAUGAUCCGGCCAAAACUGAAGCACUUACAUGUGCUAUCUUUGAAAGGACCGAUUAUAUACAUUUUCAGAAGGUUAAUACACAGUGAAGCCUGACUGGUAAUGUCAAAGAAGGAACGGCAAAGAGUGAGGCAAAAAAUGAAAUGGCUUUCGUGAAUUCUUCAAAGAUAUCGACUUAAGAGCUGGAAUUGCUUGAUACUGUAUUGAAGUACACAAACCUUUUUUAACAUGGACUCCUACCAAAGGUUUCAUUCUACAAUACCUUUAUUGUUGGAGCCUAACAAUGAAUUUGUAUUAUAUGGUAGAAAGUUUUAAAGGAUUCUUGGCAGAAUUCAACAGAUGCCCUUAGUCUUCCUUUAUACUUGACCAGUUCAAUUUAUUUUCAUAUAUUUUUUGGUACUGGAAAUACACAUUUUUGUCUCUAGAAACUGCUUAUAUGUUACAGAUGCAGUGAAUAGAGAUCGGGUUCAAAACAAUUCUGGUGUAUUCUUUAAGAUUGCUCGAUUCAUCUGUAUAGAUCUCUGUAUGGAAAAUAAAAUAAUUUUAUUUUGUGUAAUCCAUCAAAAUAUCUUAAUGGGGAGUUAGUUGUUAGCCUGUGGCGUACUGUGUGAGUGAAUAGAUGGCCUGAGUUCAACAGCAGUAUUCUGUCUUUACUUUGUAAGGUCCACUCACUGGUCCAGCGACGGUACCCAAUGACAUGGUAGACGGAUUCCCGCGUGUUUGUCUUUUCGAAGUGAUGUGAAUAUGUUUUUAAAUGCAUUCUGUUUGAUUGUCUCUUAAAUGAAAUCCGACUCCAGUUGUAAAAAUAUCAAUGCUGUAUUUAUUUCCUAGUUAUUUGUAGAUCACGGGUUUUUAAAUACUUUUACAUUCGAUUAAUUCUACUUAACUCCAUACUUUAGCUUGCGCUCGUUCGUUCGGAUUCCAUGUCGCUCAGAGUCUCGCGCCGGCCGUGUACGCGGAGCUCACCGUCACAAACUCACUAGUCUCCGUCAUUAGACGGAGGUAGUUGACUAAUACUGUUUAGAUGGCUGCCCAUGCUUGCCCUUUUAUCUAAAAAGUACUUUUAGUCCCCUUAGAUAGUACCACUUAAUUAUAGUAGCAUUAUUUCUAGUCAGAGGUCAUGAGUGCUAAGAUUUACAGAGAUAGACCAACAUUACCCAAGUUAAACAUAGCUUUAUAUGAUCAUGCCAUCGUUCCCUAUGUACACGUAACUAGAAAAAUAUUACAAUAACCAGAGGUUUAGACUUCACCCUAUUUAGGUCGGUCA